AUGGCCAAGACAGAAAUCUCUGUUCCAGGAGAGGAGUGCAUGAACACUUUGAAUGUCGAGGGAGAGUUGCUCGAAGAAUCUUCAAGCUGUAUGCGGCUGUCUAGGAUGAGACUGCCAUGUCCAAGUCAGAAAUCCCUGUGCCAUUAAAGAUUCAAAACAUUGUUUGUUCUAUGCAGUUAGACACCCUGUGUGCUCUUCUUUUUAGUACCAAUGAGUUUCUUUAAAACCGUUUGCUCUUAUGUUCACCUGAAACCGACAGCGCUCUCAACCUAUACAGGUGAAACUGUGCGCCCCUUAGGAGAAGCAUUUGUGCAUGUACAGCAUUCAGGAUGGCAGCGAUUUCCGCCUUUAUUAGUGGCAGAGGGAGGCAAAUCUGCCUUAUUUGGUCGAAAUUGGCUCAUGGAUGCGAACCUAGAUUGGAAAAAUCUGCCUGAUUUAAACCUGCCUACAUCGAUACAGUCAGCUCCUUUCAGAAAUAAUGAUGAUCAGUUAUUUCAGCCUCAACAUGAGUAA